UCGAAAGUUAAGUCCCAACGGAAGUUUGAUUGUACCGAUAGCUUGAUAAUGAACCGGUUAACGUUGUGACCGACCGUGCCCCUCCAGUAUCUGUAUUUAGCUAUUUGAUUUGUGUAUUUUCAUACAACACAUCUUUCCGUAGCUAUCACUUCUUCCAUCGAUGCAGUGGAGGUCGGACAGCUAACCUAAUAACAAAGGGGCUUGAUGCCACCUAUUCCUGUCCUGCCCAGGUGUCAGGUGACAGCAUGGAUGAAGAAACUCUGGAGGCAGCCAUCACUACCUAUGUGGCCCAGUUGCAGCAGGUGGAGACAGCCCUGUCUGCUGGGCUGGACCCCUCUCAGCAGUCAGACCUGCUCAAACUGAAAGAGGACCUCAGUCAGCUAAUAGAGCUCACGGAGGCCAGCCUGGUGUCUGUCAAAAAGAGUCGACUUCUGGCCAGCCUGGAGGAAAGCAAUGGACUACAGGCAAACACGUCAGAGGCAGCAGCUGACACAAACAGUGCAAACGCCGGUUUCGAUGCUCAGUUUGCUGCUUUCUACUCAGACCUGGAGGAGGCUUCAGGUAGUAACUCUGAUACCAGAGAGAGGGAAGGUGGGGUAGAGGAUGGUGAGGAGGAGGAGGAGGAAGAAGAGGAGGAGUAUGAGGAAGAUGCACUCAGUGGUACCAAAGUAAGAGCACCCUACCGGACAACAUGGGGGACACUUGAGUAUCACAAUGCCAUGGUGGUGGGGUCAGAGCCGCCAGAUGGAGAAGAGGCACAAGUCAGAGUGCUGUAUGUCUAUCCCACCCAGAAGUCUAUGAAACCUUGUCCAUUCUACCUAGAGGACAAAUGUCGCUUCCAGGAUAAUUGCAGGUUUUCCCAUGGUGAGGUGGUGUAUGUGUCGGAGCUCAGAGAGUUCCUGGAGUGUGACCUCAGUAAUCUUGAAGAAGGCUCUUCCUGCUUAGCACGACACGAGGAUGGCAUCUGGUACCCAGCCAAAAUCACAGAAAUUGACAGUGGUUUCUACACUGUGAAGUUUAACUCACUGCUGAUGAAAGAUGUUGUGGUCGAGGCCGACUGUGUUAUCCCGCCACUGAGAGAAGACGACCCGCUCUCCUCUGACUCAGACCUGGACGAUGGGGAUGAUGCGGCUUAUGCAAAAGUUAUGGACUCUGCUGUAGAAUCCGUUGUAACGUUAAAUACUUCUCAUUUUGGUGGCUGGGAGGCUCAUACCAGAGGCAUCGGAUCCAAGCUUAUGAUGAAAAUGGGCUACGAAUAUGGGAAAGGUUUAGGAAAGAUGCAGGAGGGUCGAGUAGAGCCAGUGAUGGCAGUGGUCCUACCCAAAGGUAAGUCUCUGGACCAGUGUGCCGAGUUAACCCAGAGACGCACCCAUAGCAAGGCCGCAAAAGAUGGCACAACAACGGGCCGUCCAAAGCGGCGAAGAAAGCCUCGAGAUUCCUCAGGAGGGCGCCGUACCGUCUUUGACUUUCUCAACCACAAACUAGGUGGCAAGAGCUCCAAUUCUGCUGAGGGGGGUGCUGCCGUGCCUUCAGCAGCCACUGGGGUGGAGGCGUACAGGGGAGGGAAAAGCACCAAGAGGAGUCUGAAUGUGAAGCUGUUCCAGGCUGCUGAGCGGGUGUCCCAGACUGAGAGGGAGAUCCAGAAACUGACUGAGUCACUCAGAAGACAGACGGGCAGGGACGCAUCCAGAGUGAAGCAACUGGAAGAGAAGCUGUCAGCGGCCCGCCGGCUGCUGGCCCAGCAGAAAGCCCAGGAGCUGUCAAUCCAGGGAGAGCACAAGAAGGCUGAUACACACAAGAAGAUGACCGAGUUCUGAACUCAGUUCUCUCAAAGACUUGGAGGAUAAAGGGAAGCACUGCUUGUCUGAAAUGAACCUUUGUCCCUCGCCUACUGUCAGUUAUUUGCUACACUGUUUUUUUAAAAACAUUUUUUUUAGCAUUAUUGCUCACCGGCAUCAUGGAUUUGGGCUGGCGGCAGAGCCAACUUUAUGCAGAAUGGAUCAUUUGCUGAAGAUCAUUUGUUUUAUUUUCAAAAACUGAGCAGUUUAUUGUCUGCGAACAGAUGUUUGGUUUCAGAUUGUACGGUUCACAAUAAUGUUACAAACUAAUUUUUAUUUGUAAUGAACAUUUUGUCUCAGUGCAUUUUUCUUUUUCUGCACUAAAAACCAUACAUUUGGAGAAUA